AUGUUGAACCUCGCGAGCUUCGUCCAGCGUGCGCAGCAGCUGCUCGACCCGACCCAGGGCUUGAAUCUCACCGACUCGGACCGCAACCCGUCCAAGGCAUCGCUGUUCCAGAGUCAGUUCCGCCUGCCAGCGUCGCAGCACCCUCUCUACGAGAUCACAGCCGAGCUCACCAUCCCCCCCGCCCACGUCACCCAGGGCGACAAGGACCGCGGCACGGGCUUCCAGUAUGCCGGCAAGCUGCAUCUCUCCGAGGCCUACAUGUGCUUCUCCACCACGCCCUCGAGCUUCCUGCAAUCGGCCAGCACCUCGACCUCGUCGGCCUUUACCGGCCAGACCCAUGGCGGCGGCCCUGGGGGCAACGGCUUCACCUUCCCCCUCUGUGCCAUCCGCCGUGUUGAGCGCCUCCAUAGCCAAACUUUCCAGUUCGCCCUCGCUAUCACCACGUGGAACGGCAUUGCACAAGAUGCCCCCAAGGACAAGAAGGAUGUUCGGGAGCAACGGAUCACGAUACAGCUGGCCGGCACCCGUGUCGCCUGCGAGCGCUUCUGUGACGGCCUCAAGAAGGGCCUGCGUGCAGGUGUCGGCAACGUGGGCAGGCUGAAAAAGGUGGUAUCCGAGUGCUAUUCGGAGUACUUACUCCGUACCGAGGACAGGAAGAAUGACACGCCUCCCGAUGCAGGGCUCGGCAUGCUCUUCAGAUACCCUGGCGACCCCAAGAAGCUCCGCGACCGUGCCAAGAUGCGUCUGUGGGCCGAAUACCUCCGUGACAAUGGCCGCAACAUUACUCUACUUCGCCAACCCACAUUUCACAAGCUGAUACGCGUUGGCCUGCCCAAUAGGUUACGGGGCGAGAUCUGGGAGCUGACGUCGGGCUCUAUCUACCUACGCCUCGAGCACCCAGCCCUCUACGCCGAGACGCUGGCCAAAUUCUCGGGCCAGGGGUCGCUGGCCAUUGACGAGAUCGAGAAGGACCUGAACCGCAGCCUUCCUGAAUACCCGGGCUUUCAGAGCGAAGAGGGCAUCGGCCGCCUACGCCGCGUCCUUACGGCCUACAGCUGGGUCGACGCCGACGUUGGAUACUGCCAGGCAAUGAACAUCGUCGUCGCCGCCCUGCUUAUAUAUAUGUCUGAGGCCCAGGCCUUCUUUCUCCUCUCAGCCCUCUGCGACCGACUGGUCCCCGGAUACUACUCGACUACCAUGUACGGCACUCUGUUGGAUCAAAAGGUUUUCGAGUCCCUUGUGGAGCGAACGAUGCCCAUUCUUUGGGAACAUCUUGUCAAGAGCGAUGUGCAACUCUCGGUUGUUUCGCUCCCGUGGUUUCUUUCAUUGUAUAUCAAUUCGAUGCCUCUCGUCUUUGCCUUUAGGGUGUUGGAUGUGUUUUUCGUCGAGGGACCUAAAGUGCUGUUCCAGGUUGGCCUGGCCAUAUUGCGCAUCAACGGCGAGGAGCUUUUGGAUGCGACCGAUGACGGUGCCUUUAUCUCUGUACUCAAGUCGUACUUUGCGCGCUUGGACGAGUCGGCCCACCCAAAGUCGGAGAACCCCAAACUACGCGCCGUUACUCGGUUCCAAGAGCUCAUGGUGGUCGCCUUCAAAGAGUUCUCAGGUAUCACACACAGCAGCAUCGCCGAGCUUCGGCUCAAAAACAAGGAUGCGGUACUGAACAAUAUCGAGAGUUUCGCGAAAAGGACUGCCAUAAGAAACCUAGGCCCGGACAGCAAGAUGUUGAGCACAGAGGAGCUCGGCUCGCUGUACGAUAGGUUCUAUGGGGUCCUGUAUGAGAGACAACAGCGGGAUCAUCUCCUGCAGCAAGACCAGGCGAGGCGCGCCAAGAGCAGCCGACCCAAGGUGGCCGACGCCGCAAAUAGCCACGACGACCCCGACGUGGAAAGAGGCCGGGUCGGCUUGGGCCCGAGCACGAGCCUGAUGGACUACGAUGCAUUCCGAGAAUUCCUCGCAGGCAUGGCAAAGUGGGCCAUUUCGGACACGCCUCCGACGCCACGCCGCGACACGUUUGCGGAAAAGGACAAGGGCUUCUACGGCAGCUUCAGGAAAAGCGAUGUGAAUCUGUCCCCGUGGGGCGGGGGCCCCGAGCCGGCAGACCACGAGUUUCUCCAGAGGCUGUUCAGGAAAUGGGACGAGGGGUCAACCUCUGCUCUGACUCUGCAGAAUGUGGUCACUGGCCUGGCCCGCAUCAAGGGGAAGCGGGACAUUAUGGGGACAAUCACAUACUUUUUCGAGCUGCACGACGACGACGGGGACGGCUGUGUCGAUCGGGAAGGCAUAUUGCGCAUGUCCGAAGCGCUUCUCUUCCUGUCUCGCCGGGGGCUGGAAGGGACCCUGAACCCAUCCAGCAUGACACCAGCUCUCAAUGGGCUGGCGGACGGUCCGGGAACACCCAAUAACGAAGUGCCGGGCCAGACCGUCAACGAGAGGUUUCUCGGCAGCGUCAGCGCCUUCAUCAGGAGAUGCUUCGAGUACGCAGACCCAGACCAUCUCAAGAACCAGAGUGCCGACGCACAGGAGCGCGAGUGGGAGCGCGAGCGGGAGCGGAAGAUGGAGCGGAAGGAAGAAGCGACUGGCGAUCAGCUCGCAAGUCCAGACGCAUUCGCCAUCGGCGACGACGAAGACGAGGACGAAGACGACCUACUAACUAUGGAUUCACCACCCGGCAGCCCCCGAGCUGCCAAACGAUCCGAGACACCGACAAGCGGCCAACAGCCCCCAUCGAUCCGGCUCAACUCGCUCUCGGCUCUGUCGGUCGAUGGCGAUAUGUCGGACCGACGCCGAGUUUCUAAGGCGCAGUCUGAAAAGGCCAACGUGGCACUCGACCCUUCUAACCCCCUUCACAUUACGCUGCCAACCUUCCGCAUGGUAGUUCUGGCCGACGAGCUCUUGGAGCAGUUUUUCGAGUCGUCUUUUCCUGCCUCUUUCCAUAUUAACGACAGCCUGGGGUCAGCAUCCACGCCGGUUCCCGCAUCACCGUUGACUACCUUCUCAAGCCUCGGUAUCGGCGCCGGCCGGGCGGUUGGGGCGGCUCUCGGCGGGGCGUCGGGAAUACCUGCAGGCGGCCGAGGCCUACGCGGCGUGCUUGACAAUAUUGUCACGGAUGGCAUGCGCGUGGCGGCCGAGGUUAGGCGUCGCAUGGAGGAGGCACAGAAAGAACUCGAAAAGAACGCGGUUCCGGGGCAGCGGAACGACGAAGAAGACGACGAGGACGAAGAGGACGUCGGGUUCGAGCGUGGAUCCGAGGCAGGCAAGAGUGCUGCGUACCGCGGGGACGAUGAGCGUCGCAGUGUGCGCAGCUCAGACAGGGACCUGCUUGCCGGAGCAGAUGCCGAGGCCAGUGAUACCAACGCGGCCGUGACCGCGACCGCGACCGCGUCUGGAACAGGGCGCACGAGUGUGAACUCAGACACCAGAGGAGGGAACGGAGGCGGUGUUGGCAGGGGCAGAGGGGCUGGGAAGGUUGUGGGGGUCGAAUUCGACGGCUAG